UACAAGUCGGUCAGUACAUUGGUGCAUUGGUUUUCAUAUUUCAAUCAAACCAAAUACUAAGAUCUUUUAAUAAAACACUAACCAAAAAUGACAGCCAAUGAUCAAAAUGACAAAGAAGGUUCCGUCCAUAACCAAUGGAUUAUUGGUUUUAUUUCAACAACAAUGAUCCUCACGUACGGGCUGCAAAGCGGUUGGAUGUCGCCUACGAUCAGCAAGUUGCAAUCGAAACACAGCCCGGCCGGCCGGCCGCUCACCACCAACGAAAUCUCCCUUGUUGCUGGCCUGAUCAGCAUGACUGCAGUCACCACACCAAUCAUAUUCGGAUAUAUAGCCGAUUACAUAGGCCGCCGCAAAACGUUGAUCGCGAUAGUCAUUCCUCAGAUUCUUGGUUUUGCAUUAAAGUUAAUAUCAGCCCACCCGAUAUGCCUGAUGGUAUCGCAAGCCUGCUGCGGUAUCGCCGGCGGAGGCGUGUACUGCAUUGCGCCUACAUAUAUAAAGGAGAUUGCACAAGACUCCUUGAGAGGUGCUCUGGGAUGCUCUGCCAUUCUUUUACAGAGUCUUGGUUUGGUGAUUAUGUAUGCGAUGGGAGCAUACAUCGAAUACUACACGGUUCUCUGGAUCGUGAUUUGGCUUCCUGUUCUAAAUCUUAUCGCGCUAUUCCAAAUACCGGAGUCACCGGCGUACCUAGUAAAGACAGGAAAAGUGGAAGAAGCCACUAAAGUGAUGGCUUGGCUGAGGGGAGUUGACGAAGACCACAAAGAUGUAGAGCGAGACAUUUCUAUUUUACAAAAAGAAAUUAUGGCAUCGGAAAACUUUACAGAAAUCACAUGGAUGACUAUCCUAUCUGACAAAGCUUCACGGAGAGCUCUUGGGUUGAGCUUCCUUUGUGUGACUCUGCUGGACAUGGGAGGCAAUUAUGGCAUUGUCGCUUAUGCAUCAGUCAUCUUACAACAAGCGGGGGUGACAUUUUCUCCGGAGUUACAAGCACUAGGUAUCACUUCCCAUUCUCAUGAUGUUCGGGUCUUUACUAUCGGCAAUUACUAUUGAAAAAUUCGGAAGAAAGCCUUUAAUAAUGGCUAGUGCCGCUUUCACCGGAGCCCCCCUGGCUGUGUUGGGAGCGAUGUUGCUGGUGGUAAAGAACGGAGGAACCAUGCCACCAUGGGUACCGGUCACGUGUAUUGGGAUCUGCUUGUACGCUGCCGGGCAGAUGAUGUCUCUGCCAUCUAUAGUCAUCUCGGAAGUAUUUAGUGUACAGACGAGAACUAAAGUUUUCGGCCUCCUUUCAACCUACGGCUGGUCUCUCGCUGGGCUUCAAACGAUUCUAUUCCCCCCGAUCACAGAACAUUUCGGCAUGCACACUAUAUUCUUAACUUUCGCCGUAGUCAAUGCAAUAGGAAUUGUUAUUUGUGCAAUUAUCAUGCCAGAAACUAAAGGCAAGACUCUAACGGAGAUCAAUGAACUAAUAUUAGGCAGAAGAAAAUGAACUUGAGUAUCACAAUAAGUUCAAUUUCACCCUAGAUCCCGUAAAUGUUAUUAGGUUGCAACAGGGACGCAGCAAGCAAGCCAGAGUAUACCUAAAAGGUAUGAAUGGAGUCUGUUUUCAACUUUGUGAGUUUUAUGUACCUAUUGAUCAUACUGUGCAAGUCGCGGCUUGGCCAGGGGCGGCUCACUCCGCGAUUCUAUUACCGCGCUACAAGUACACCCUGGCGGCCGCGAGUUCGCGGCCUACUCAGGGGUGGCGCGCGUUCUCAUGGAAUGAACGUUCGCUCUUUCUAUUGUUACUGUACGUCGCGAGGUUUUUGUAAGCGAUGUCCGCGUGUGGAAUGCUAAUAUAUUUAGUUAAAUAGACAUAUUGAAUAAAAUAAAUAUCAUAGGACAUUCUUAC